UGCCUACUUUUUUGCAUUCUGAUUUCCCAGACCAAAAUGCUGGGGAGCUUCAUGGAUAUUUGCAUAUCUGCAUUUCAUCACUCUCCAAGACUCUAAGCUUAUCUUCAAACAUGGAGGUUUGCAAGGAAUAGGUGCAGUUCAUGAGAAUUUGCUGAAUUGAGUUGCAGUCAGAAUCUGAAGAGGUUAAUUUCUUCUAUAUUGUGUGAGAAUGCCCUCUUCAGAAUCUCCCAUUCCUUUCGUCUCGUUUCGAAGGCCAGUUUUGACGCUCAGAGGCGAUCAGGUUCAUGCAUUGGUGUUGGACCAGGGAUCCAGUAGCCAAGACUCACAGAUUGAGUCAUUUCAAUCACAGGUGUUCACUCGAUUCAAUGAUCUAUCUGUGGCUAAUGGCAAAGAAUUCCUCUCGGUUUCAUGGGUUCGUAAGCUGCUGGAAGCGUUUGCGAGCUGUGUGGAGGAUUUCAGAGUUAUCAUGUGUGACAAGAAUGCAUUGCUUUCGAAACAGCCCCAGGAGAGGAUCCUGGGCGAGUAUUUUGAUAGGACGAUUAAGGCGCUUGACAUCUGCAAUGCAACGCGGGAUGGGCUUGAGAAGAUUAGGUUGUGGCAAAGGCAUUUGGAAAUUGUGGUGUGUGCAUUGAAUCCACCGCAACAAAGAGCAAUCGGUGAAGGUCACCUAAGGAGAGCCAGAAAGGGGCUAAUGGAUUUGGCUCUCGGAAUGCUAGACGAGAAAGAUGGAGGGUCUGUGUUUUCUCAUAGAAACAGGUCUUUUAAACGUCGGACCAAGGACCACUUACAUUCCCCGGGUGGUCACUCGAGGUCUUUGUCUUGGAGCGUGUCCCAUUCCUGGUCUGCAUCCAAGCAGCUCCAGCUUCUCGCCAACACUUUAGUCCCCCCUCGAGCCAAUGAAAUCGCUGCCUCUAAUGGCCUUGCAGCCCUCGUGUUCACAAUGAGUUUCGUCCUAAUGUUCGUUCUCUGGGCUCUCGUGGCUGCAAUCCCUUGCCAGGACCGAGGCAUCCAGAUUAACAUUGUUAUACCGAGGCAAUGUUGGAGCCGCCCUUUCCAUAUACUUCAGGCUCGGAUAAUGGACGAAUCCAAGAAGAGAGACCGUCGCAAUUCUAGUGGACUAUUAAAGGAAAUUUAUCAGAUCGAAGAGGGCGUAAACCACUUGACAGACUUGGUAGACUCGGUGCAGCUACCACUGUCCGAGGAACACAAGGAAGAACUGAGAGGGAGAAUUCUCGAGUUAUCAUCAAUCUGUGAAGUUUUUAAAACAGAACUCGAACCUCUAGAACGCAAUCUAAGGGAAGUGUUUAGAAAAAUCGUGACUUGUCGGAUUGAGGGCCUUGAAUUUCUGGGCAAGGCAACUCAGGCAUAGCAGUCUGCAUCGAUUGACAACUUGUAGUAAGUUUCGAACAUUAAAUGUUUGGAUCUAUCAUGUAGUUUCCCUAUAUUCAUAAUACUUUCUAAGAUUACUGUUCCAUAUUAGGAAGUAACUAUUUGUACUUAUAAAUAUGCCUUCUGAGAAAAGAAAGUAAUGAAAAAAGAGUGUCCAUAUUGGGUA